AACGGUAAAUUUGACUACAAGAUGAACGGGGAAAGAGUCGUGAUCUCCGGAAUGUCAGGACUUUACCCACGGGCUAAUAAUAUAAAGGAGCUAUCAGAAACUCUUUACAACAAGAAAAAUCCCAUAACCUCUGGAAGCAAGCGCUGGACAUUCAAUCACCCGGAGGUAUCCCGGUACACGGGCGACGUGCCUCAGCUGGGUCGUUUCGAUGCUCAGUUCUUUGGAGUGCACUUCAGGCUUGCCAGUAACAUGGACUUCAUGUCGAGGAAAAUUAUGGAGCAGACGUUCCAAGCCAUUUACGAUGCUGGCUUGAAUCCAGAGCACCUCUCUGGAAAAAAAGUUGGAGUCUACGUCGGGACAUGUUUCUCUGAAACCGAAAAGGCAUCCUUCUACGUUGCCACCUCUAAAACAGGAUUUGGCAUAGUUGGUUCUGUGCAGAGUAAAGGCUUUCGAGAUCUGUAA